AUGUCAUCGUCCAAGGAGACCAAGGAGCCGUCGAUCCUCACCUCGAUCGCGCGCCACAUCCCCGGCCUGUCCAUCUCGUCCUCGUCCGGCACCGGCACCGGCACCGGCACCAGCUCCGGCACCUCCACCUCCACCUCGAGCGCCAGCAAGAAGAACCGCGGUCGUAAACCCAAGUCGCAGCCCAUGACCACCUCCGUCUCGGCUGCCGCUUCAGCCGCGGACAAGCCUGAUGAUCCCAACGCCCAGCUCGAGCCAGCCGCCGCUCCCUCCGCAUUUCAGGUGCCCGUCAGCGUACCCGAGGUCGAGGCGUUGGGAGAGGUCGAGGAGAAGAAGACGAGUGGUCAGUUGCCGUGUCGCCUAUGCACUCCCGGCGAUGAGCGAUGAGAGUGUAGGCCUGCGCCGCGCACUCCGUACCUCGACUCGGCUCAACACGGCUCGCCUCGGGUCUCCUCUGUCCUGCCUCCUAUUCUGCACAUAUCGGCUAAUACCGGCAUGCGUUCUCCGCUCUCACAGCCGUCGAGGCGUGCCAAAAGCGCAUCCGCGCCGCCAACAAGAAGAUUGUACGUGGCCCUGUGGCGCGCACCCCACGCGGGGAAAGGCGCAAUCGCUUCCCCUGCGCGCACCUCCACUCGAACCAUAGCUCACCCUGUCCACCUCUUUCAACAGCAACGCAUUGUAACCUACGAGGAAAAGACCGAAGCACUCAACGCCGACCAACAACGCGCCGUCGCUUCAAAGCCCGCCCUCGUCGCCGUCGUCAAGGAGCUCGAAGAGCUGCUCGUGAUCCUCAAGGUCAGUCGCGCCUCUAUGAGCAAUCUCUUCGUCUUACUCACCAUCCCAAGCGUGAUCCGCAUUACAGGCCGAAGAAGCCGAGGAUGAAGCCCGUGAUCAACGCAAUGCUGCGCUGGAGGAGAAGAGGCAGGCUCGAGCAGUUGAAGCCGCCGUCGCCUCGGCCCACUCCACUCCCGACUCCAAGGUCCUCAUCCUCUUGCAAUUCCUCCACCUCCACGGCCUCUACACCCAACAAAGCACCGGCUUCGCACCGCCCGUCCUCCCUCCCGUCGUCGCCAAUGCUACGGGGCAAGAGGUCGCCGCGGUCAGGAUGCUCAAGGAAAGAUUUACUAGCGGCCCUCUGCUCGGUGGCCACGGCGAUGCCGUCGAGGCGCUUAACAAGAUCGCAGGCGAGUCGUCCGAGGAAGCUCUUCCUGGUGUUCCUUGUGAGUGUCAACACUUGAGCCUAGACUGGCCACGUUCUUGAUCGAUCCAUGUCUUCAUCUAUUUGCGUGCUCCAGACUCGCGCAUCAAGGAGCUCAUCGCCGGACUCACCUCCACACCCGCCGACCAGCCCUUGGCCGCUUCCAACCAUCACGACAACAUUCUUCCCGAAUCGAACGCUCCUACCGGCCCCUCGGAUUCUGUCACCGCUCUCGUCGACGGAGCCACCGACGCCCCCGCCCACGACGCCCCUUCGUUCCUCAACGCGUCCGAGCUCGAACAGGUCCCUUCGUCCGAAGCCAAAGUCGCGUCCUGGGCCGACGAGGUCGAAGCCAACCCCGCCGUCGAUCCCGUCGCUCACGAACCCGCUUCGACUCCUACUCCCGCUCCUGCACCUGUCGAAGAACCCGCUGCGGUGGCUCCCGCUGUCCUUGCUGCUGAUGCAUGGGGAUCCACGACAGGCGGGACCGUCGAUUGGGCGACCGAGGAUUCGGGCGCUUUACCUUCGUUGCCUGAACUUCAACCUACGGCUGGGGUUGCACCCAUUGCUGGUGCAGGACACGGAGCGACUUUGAGCGUCGAUGCGGAUGGUUUCCAAGCCGCUCGUCGAGGUGGACCCGCGCAAGGCCAAGGACAAGGACAAGGCCGUGGUCCUCGUGGUCCCCCCGGUGGAGGACGCAACGGGAUGCGUGGUAAUGGUGAGGAAGGUGGUCGUGGUGGUGGACGAGGUGGAGGGCAGUUCAGGGGUCGCAGUGAUGGGAAUUGGGAACGACGUGGUCCCCCUCCUUCUUCUCAAGGCCAGGGACAGGGCCAGAACGGACCGAGAGAUGAUGGGUUCAUCCAGGUCACUCACCACAACGGAGGAGAUGGCGGUCAUCGUGGUCGUGGAAGGCCUCAUCGUGGUGGAGAGGGAGGAGGCAGAGGUGGAGGACGUGGACCGAGAGAAGGUGGGUUCAGGGGUGGUCAGGGUCAGGGUCAGGGUCAGAACAAGGUCGAACGACCCGUCGGUGGGGAUGCACCUGCUGCCAACGCGUCGGCCGCCGCACCUGCUGCCCCGACGAACAGGUGGUAG